UGUACGACGACCCGUGCAUUGCUCCAGAAAAUUUAAUGCGGUUAUCUAGAUCAUUGACAAUACUGUCGAAGUUGUAACUAAUUUUGGUCGUUAUUUAUAAGGACUUUUUGUUGCUUAUUUAGUAAUGUACAUUCGUGUGUACAAGGUUAUAUUUCUGAGGGACAACUUCCUAAUCUCUUUUACCUUUUAGUGCGGAACUAGGCAGCAAUUGUAACAAGCAGCAGGCGGAAGAGAAAAACAAAACAUGGGGAUUUUUUUAUAAAGAUAGAUAUCCGUGUAGUUAUCUCUGGGACCAGUAUGUAAACUAAUUAUUGAUUCUGUCUGCAAGAUGAGGGGCCAGACUUUUAAGAAGAUCCAGCGCUGGAUGUCGAUUCUCUCUUGGAUUACUUUCCUUGCCCAAGUUACACUUACUAAAUCGAAAACACAGCAUAAUAGCCACAAUGCACUUACUCCACAUGAAAGCUUAUUGUUUGUGUCUACCCUUGGAGGGUCCUUUUAUGCUGUCAGCAAAACCACUGGGGACAUAAAAUGGAUAUUAAAAGAAGAUCCAGUGGUAAAGGUGCCCAGUGAAGUUCAAAAAGGUCCAAUAUUUCUCCCUGACCCUAAAGAUGGCAGCCUGUAUGCAAUAAGCAGUGAUCUAAAGGGGAUGAAGAAAAUGCCAUUCACAAUCCCAGAACUAGUCUCUGCCUCGCCUUGCAGGAGUUCAGAUGGCUUGUUAUAUACAGGUUCAAAAAAUGAUGUCUGGUUUGCCGUGGACCCUUCCACUGGUGCUAAACUUCAAACCCUCACCAUGGAUGGCCAUCAGAAAGUUUGCCCAUCAUCCAGUGGUAGUACUAUAUUCAUAGGGAGGACAGAAUACACUAUUGCCAUGUUUGAUAGUAAAACACGAAUGAAAAGGUGGAAUGCCACAUUUAUGGAUUACUCUUCACAUGUGGCAGCAGACAUUAAAGAUUACACUAUGCGGCAUUUUAGCUCCAGCUCUGAUGGCAUAUUAGUAACAUUAGACGCAGAAACGGGGGAGAUAGUGUGGCACAAAGAUUAUGGCUCCCCAGUAGUGGCUGUCUAUGUGCUGGAGUCUGACAGUCUUCAUAAGGUGCCAUUUACUAGUAUGGCAUCUGAGACGCUGGAUCAUUUGACCAAUCAAAUGUCACGUGCCAUGUGGCAAAGGAAGUUUGUGAAACAUAGCAUGCAACAAAACUUAUUGAAUGAAAAGGACAGGGAGAAAACACCGGAAUUUCAUCCAACAGUAUACAUUGGGGAAUAUGAACAUGGAUUUUUUGCUUUGCCAUCCUGGGUGGAUCCAGAAGCAGUAACUAUAGCGCCCAAAGAUGUUGGUGUUUUGCUCCUGGAAGGACCAACUGUACCAGCAGAAGCACCACCUCCUGGCAGGCAUAAAGAUAUAAUUGGAGCUUCAACAAAGAGAAGGGGUGGGCCAGCACUUAUGCUGGGAUACCAUGAGGUGCCAGAGAAUACAAAGUCAAAAAUAAUACCACUGCAGAUAGCAGACAAAUCAGGAACCAUUGCGUCUAGAAUACUUACACCAGCUCUACCAGCAAACUCAGAUGGUAAUGACACCAGCCUAGAGACAGGCCCAGUGAAGCAGGAUGGCUACUCAGCCUUAAUGGAGGGCAUCAGUACGGAGAGCAAACUGAUAGGAACUAUGGUGGCUGCACUUACCACCAUCAUCCUUAUCAUAUGUAACUUCCAAAGAAAGACUGAGCAGUCAAUCAAGGUAAUGUUAGAGCAACAGAAACAGCAGCUUGAGGCCCAAAGACGGUCAGAGGAAGAAGAACGGAAAAAACUACAGCAACAAAGGUCUAUGCAGACAUCACUGCCAAUACAGCACUCUGACUCUAGCACAACACUGGAAGAGCUGCCUUCAGGAUGGACCAGAGUUGGAAAGAUCAUGUUUGACCCAAAAGCAGUUCUAGGCCAUGGUUGUGAAGGGACAUUUGUAUACAAGGGUAGAUUUGAUGGAAGAGAUGUAGCAGUGAAACGGUUACUGCCGGAAUGUUUCAGCUUCGCAGACAGAGAGGUGGAGCUGUUACGGGAAUCUGAUUUACAUUCUAAUGUUAUAAGAUAUUUUUGUACAGAGCAAGAUUCUCAGUUCCGCUUCAUAGCUUUAGAACUAUGUGCAGCUACUCUAAAAGAAUAUGUAACAGAAAAGAAUUUUGAUCGUCAUGGACUGCAACCUGUACAGUUAUUAAGGCAAUCCAUGGCAGGCAUUGCACACUUGCAUUCCUUAAACAUUGUCCACAGAGACAUCAAACCUCAUAAUGUGCUGAUUUCACUGCCCAACUCUCAUGGUGCUGUCAGGGCCAUGAUCUCAGACUUUGGCCUCUGUAAAAAAUUAUCAGUGGGCCGAAUGUCUUUCUCACAGAGGUCAGGCAUGGCUGGGACUGAAGGCUGGAUUGCACCCGAGAUGAUGAAUGAUGACCAGAGAACAACUUGUGCAGUGGACAUCUUCUCAGCAGGCUGUGUGUUCUACUUUGUGUUGUCAUCAGGAAAACAUCCAUUUGGGGAUUCACUGAGAAGACAGGCAAAUAUCCUGAAUGGAGAAUAUUGCCUAGAAAAACUUAGCACUGGCAGUACUAGUGGUAAUUAUGUGGCCACUGACUUGCUGCAACAAAUGUUACAUGGAGACCCAGUCCUCAGACCCUCAGCCAAAGCCAUCCUCAAGCAUCCAUUCUUCUGGGAUAAUGAGAAACAGCUCCUCUUUUUCCAGGAUGUAAGUGACAGAAUUGAGAAGGAACCUCCUACCAGCUCAGUGGUCCAGUGUUUAGAAAACCAAGGCAUGGCUGUAGUGAAGUAUGACUGGAGGGCUGUGAUUUCUAGAGAGCUUCAAGAAGAUUUAAGAAAAUUCAGAUCAUAUAAAGGCUGCAAUGUGAGAGAUCUGAUACGUGCAAUGAGGAACAAGAAACAUCACUACAGAGAACUGCCAGAUGAAGUAAAAAGAUCAUUAGGAAGUGUUCCAGAUGAGUUUGUGACCUAUUUCACAUCUCGUUUUCCAAAACUUUUAAUCCACACGUAUAAUGCCAUGUGGUGCUGUAAUGAGGAAAGACUGUUUCAGCAGUAUUAUGAGUCUGAUAGCAAUGCAGCUUCAUCUUCGGCAGCAGCAGCAUUAUGCCAAACAGGAGUGACAGACAACUCUGCAUUUAAGCACUAUGUAACAGCUGAUGCUGCAUUUGAUGAUACAGGCCAGGAAGAGUGAAAACUCUACAUAGAGUGCAAGUUUUUAAGUAAAAUAGCACAUCUGUUGAUGAUACAUGUUUGAUGAAAAGAUAAGACAAAUAAUGAUUAAAUGAGGAGAUUGGAGGACAAAUUUUUAGAUUUUGAGUAGCCAUAAAAUGUGGUACUGUUGCACAGAGAAAAAAACAAGUUUGGGAGAUGGCUAGGGGAAAUUGUAGCAGCAAGAAUCUGACAGGAAGAUCCAAAAUGGGUUGCUAUGGAAAUCGAAUGUUCCAGUCUCCACAACUACAAUCUGUUAAUUUCGCUGGAAAUGCAUUUCUGUGGAACUUUUUUUUUUGGUGCAACUACUUCUGAUGUACAUUUAUAAAGUUCACUUGAAAAUAUUUAAAAAAAAAUAUUUCAGGGUUUUUUACAUUUUUUUUCAUAAAGGCAUUUUAGAUAAGAAAUUUGUAUGUUAAGAUGAGAACUUUAUGACUCACAGCAAGUCUUUCAGUCUCUGCUAAGAAAACCAAUGUCUUUUAUGGCAAGGUAUUAGGAAUGUGAAGAUUAUUUUCUAGACAAAGAGUCUGUAAGCAGGGAUAAUAUUUAACUUUGAAAAGUUGAAUGUUUUGUGUAUUGAAUAAAUAUUUUUGUAGAAGUAGACCAUUCCUGUCAAGAUAAAGAUUCUUGUGAGAUGUGUGCACUUUUGGUAAAAAUGCUCCUCUUAAUCGAAAAAAAAAAAAA